UUGGAGCGGGGAGGGGGGGAAUCGGGCUGCAUAAUGAGGAGGACUGACUUUUCUCUCCAUGUCCCCUUCCGGCUCCGGGAAGCGGCGGGACGUUGGCGGUCGCCUGAGCGAGCGCGACGCGAAUCGAGGGCCACUCGGCCGGAGCGGCCGCGGCCCGCCGCCCAGCGGAGUUGGGUUUUCCUGAUCCGGCUCGGGCUGCCCCUCCUCCGGUACCCUCCCCUCUGGAACCGUCGCUCACGGCGCUUGGGACGGGCUCACUCGUGUGAAAAGGUGGUCAAGUCCUCUUUUCAAGAGAAGAUGACUUUUAACAGUUUUGAAGGAUCUAGAACUUGUGUACCUGCAGACACCAAUAAGGAUGAAGAAUUUGUAGAAGAGUUUAAUAGAUUAAAAACGUUUGCUACCUUUCCAAGUAGUAGUCCUGUUUCAGCAUCAACAUUGGCACGGGCAGGAUUUCUUUAUACUGGUGAAGGAGAUACUGUGCAGUGCUUUAGUUGUCACGCAGCAGUAGAUAGAUGGCAAUAUGGAGACUCAGCUGUUGGAAGACACAGGAAAAUAUCCCCAAAUUGCAGAUUUAUCAAUGGUUUUUAUUUUGAAAACAGUGCCACACAGUCUACAAAUCCUGGUGUCCAAAAUGGCCAGUACAAAGCUGAAAACUAUGUGGGAAACAGAAAUCAUUUUGCUCUUGACAGACCAUCUGAGACUCAAGCAGAUUAUCUUUUGAGAACUGGACAGGUUGUAGAUAUUUCAGACACCAUAUUCCCAAGGAACCCUGCCAUGUGUAGUGAAGAAGCUAGACUGAAGUCAUUUCAGAACUGGCCAGACUAUGCCCAUAUAACCCCCAGAGAGUUAGCUAGUGCUGGCCUCUACUACACAGGGAUUGAUGAUCAAGUGCAGUGUUUUUGUUGUGGUGGAAAACUGAAAAAUUGGGAGCCCUGUGACCGUGCCUGGUCAGAACACAGGAGACACUUUCCCAACUGCUUCUUUGUUUUGGGCCGGAAUGUUAAUGUUCGAAGUGAAUCUGGUGUGAGUUCUGAUAGGAAUUUCCCAAAUUCGACAAUUUCUCCAAGAAAUCCAACCAUGGCAGAAUAUGAAGCACGGAUCAUUACUUUUGGAACAUGGAUAUACUCAGUUAACAAGGAGCAGCUUGCAAGAGCUGGAUUUUAUGCUUUAGGUGAAGGUGAUAAAGUGAAAUGCUUUCACUGUGGAGGAGGGCUCACAGAUUGGAAGCCAAAUGAAGACCCUUGGGAACAGCAUGCUAAGUGGUUUCCGGGGUGUAAAUAUCUAUUGGAUGAGAAGGGGCAAGAAUAUAUAAAUAAUAUUCAUUUAACCCAUUCGCUUGGGGAAUCUUUGGUAAGAACUGCUGAAAAAACACCUUCACUAACUAAAAGAAUCGAUGAUACCAUCUUCCAAAAUCCUAUGGUACAAGAAGCUAUACGAAUGGGAUUCAGUUUCAGGGACAUUAAGAAAACAAUGGAAGAAAAAAUCCAAACAUCUGGGAGCAGCUAUCUAUCACUUGAGGUUCUGAUUGCAGAUCUAAUGAGUGCUCAGAAAGAUAAUACACAGGAUGAAUCAAGUCAGACUUCAUUGCAGAAAGACAUUAGUACAGAAGAGCAGCUAAGGCGCCUACAAGAGGAGAAGCUUUGCAAAAUCUGCAUGGAUAGAAAUAUUGCUGUAGUUUUUGUUCCUUGUGGACAUCUGGUCACUUGUAAACAAUGUGCCGAAGCAGUCGACAAAUGUCCCAUGUGCUACACAAUCAUUACGUUCAAGCAAAAAAUUUUUAUGUCUUAAUUCAGAGCCACAGUAGGCAUGUUAUGUUCUUCUUACUCUAAUUGAAUAUGUGAUGUGAGCAAACUUUAAGUAAUCAGCAUUGCAUUCCAUUAGCAUCUGCUCCCGAGUGGAAACAAAUGUUAACAGCACUGUUGCAGUCUAAACUUUGAAUUUCUAGAUCUUUUAGGCUAUUAGCCAUAUUGUUUAUCCAGUAUUUUACUCAAUUGAAACCUUAGACAAAGAAGCAUUUAAUAUUAUAACAUUUUACCUUGUGUAUUUGUAGUAUACUGGUUUGAUUUUUAUGUGUAAGUGAAUUAAUCACCUGCAUUUUUUCAUUCCUUUCAGAUAAGCUUAAUAAAUGGGGUGUUCUGUAUAAGCAGGGAGAUUUCAGUUAAUCUGCCCAAUCACUUCAUUUGUUUAUUGUGAACAGGGAAGAACUGUUUCACACUGGUGGGAGGAUAAACAUUGUUUUUAGAUGUUUGUCUGUGUUUUAGGAUUUUGUCUGUUUCCUUUCAAAAUUAUAAAUGUACUUGUAUGAAUGCUUUUUUAAAAGUGAUUUUGCCAUCUCCCAAAAGAUAUUAAAUGAUAGACUACUAUCUAACUAGCAUAUACUAACAUGGAAAGACAACAAAGAUACAGUAAGUGUAAAAUACAAAUGGCAAAACACUAUGUAUAGUUUGAGUCAAAUCAAGGUGUGUGAAUUUUGUAUCUGUACAGGACAAAAAAGAUUUGGAAAGAUAUGCAUCACACUCUUAAAUAUGUUUUUUUUUCUUGAGGGGGUGGGGGCAUGGGUCUUAGAGGGGCUUAUAGGUGCCCUUCUUUUUUUUUAUUCUGUUUGAAGUUUAUAUAACUAUGUAUUACUUUUAUAUAAUCAUAAUUUUUAGAAAAUAUUUUACUGAUUUAAAGGCUUAGGCAUGUUCAAACGUCUGCAAAACUACUUAUCGCUCAGUUUUAGUUUUUCUAAUCCAAGAAAGCAGGCCAGUUAAUUUUCUGGUGCCAAUGUGAAAUUUAAAUGUUUUUGUUUUACCUGCUUUGUGGAUGAAAAAUACUUCUGAGUGGUAGUUUUCUGACAGGUAGACCAUGUCUUAUCUUUUUUCAAGAUAAAUAUUUCUGAUUUUGUAAAAUGAAAUAUAAAAUAUGUCUCAGAUCUUCCAAUUAAUUAGUAAGGAUUCAUCCUUAAUCCUUGCUAAUUUAAGCCUGCCUAAGUCACUUUACUAAAAGAUCUUUGUUAACCCAGUAUUUUAAACAUCUGUCUGCUUAUGUAGGUAAAAGUAGAAGCAUGUUUGUAUGCUGCUUGUAGUUUUAGUGACAGCUUUUCAUGUUGAGAUUCUCAUGUCAUUUUGUGUCCUGAAAGUUUCGUUUCAUGUGAGUUUUUACUGUUAGGAUGAUUAAGAUGUAUAUAGUACAGAAUGUUAAGUCUCUGAUUGUUUUAUGUUUGUUUGUUUCUUGACUAGUAAUGGUAGUAAAUAUUUUUAAAACUAUUUUCUCAAGAUCCUUAAAACCUCUUGGAAACUGUAGCAUACUGACAAGAGUAGUUGUUUAAAUAUGAUUUAACAACUUAUGUAAGAGUCAGUAAGAAUAAAAUCAAGCUAAAAUGCUUCAUAGAACACAGGAUUUGCCUUAAAUAAUUAUCAUGAUAAGACCUCUUAUAGAGACUGGUCUAUUUUACUACAGAGAACAGUUUGAGAGUGAAACUGUUACAAUUUAUACUUUUUGUUGUAUUUUCUAAGAGAAAGAGUAUUGUUAGGUUCUCCUAACCUCUGUUGACCACUAUGGUAAGUGAUGUCAUUUUAAUUGCAAAUUUAAAUAGAAAUUAACAGAAUUAAGUAAAUGACUACCCUUUUUUCUCAUUUCUUUUUUCAUGAAAAUCCUUAGUUCUUUGUAUUGUCUCCUACUUAGGUUCAGUUAUGUAGUCAUUAAGUUGAGCUUGAUCUAAAUUGACUAAGUUUUAAAUUUAAAUUUACAUUUAAAGCAUUCUACAAGGGAAUAAAAGUUUUUUUUGUUGUUGUUGUUUUGGUUUUUCGAGACAGGGUUUCUCUGUGGCUUUGGAGCCUGUCCUGGAACUAGCUCUUGUAGAGUCUACAACUCACAAAGAUCCGCCUGCCUCUGCCUUCUGAGUGCUGGGAUUAAAGGUGAAAAGUGUUAAUUUUAAGAAAAAUUUUCUAAGACUCUUCAGGUACAAGUCACGUAGGUAGUUUGUUUAAUCUAGUUGUUAGCCAAGGAUUCAAGGACUGAAUUGUUUUUGAAUAAGGCUUUUCAUGUUCUGGGAGCCUCAGUUUAUUUAAAACUCCCCUUUUAAAACUUGUGUGCUGAGAGUUAAGCAAAACCUCUUUUUUUUUUUUUUUUUUUUGUCUUCAUGAGUUGCAAAAUUGAAUUCGUGAAGCUGAUGCACUAACAGGUUUAUUUUAAGAAUUGUUUAGAAAAUGCUGUUGCUUCAGGUUCUUAAAAUCACAGCGCUCCAAUUCUAAUCAAAUUGUUGGAGGCUUACCAGAGUUAGUCUGAGCUCAUACUAGGAAAAAAAACCACUGGAUCCUUUCCAAUAUAGCUGUGCAAAAAUUGCUCACUUGGAAGGUCAAAAUAUAGCCAGAUCCAAAUCACCCCUGAGUGUUGGUGUUCUUUUCUGUAUAAAGUUCACUCUAGGAUUUUGAAGUAACCACCUAUUUUACUACAUACUAGUCAUUUGAAAUUUGAUGUUAUUUUGUAAUAAAUAGCUAAUUUUAUUUGUAAUUUACUGUGUUGAUCAAAACUUUUGUGAGUGUUUGGCAUUUAUUAAAUAAAUAGAGUUUAUUUGAUUAAUGGCUUAGUAUUCCCUUUCCUGCUAGAUUUUGCCUCUUCCUUUGGUUAGGGGUAGAGGUGAGGUGACUGUAGUAAGUGAAUAUAAUGUGGCUAUGUUAUGGCAUUUUGUUAUUUUGGUAUUUAAAAUGUGUAUUUUUCUGUUUUAAUUUCAGUAGGUAAAAUUUAUAUCUUGAGCUCUCUAAAUGGAAAUUACCACUCCAGCAUUAGCUGCAUGUAUUGCUCUUAUUAAACCUAAAUCAUUGUUUUACUUCUGACUGCCUAGGUACUGAAUAAGAGAAGAGGAGAAAUGAAAUAGAUUGUAUAUCAUUGCUAUUAAAGAAAUAAGAAAAUGGAGAAAUAUUUGGCCCAUAGCAUUUUAGUCAUAUCUUCUCUUUUUAAAAAGAUAGCUAUCAGUGAAGAAAUGAGCUGGCCAUAUAGGCUUCACAGCCUGAGUUCAAAUCUCCAAAACCCACAUAAAAACUGGGUGAAAUAGCCCAAACAUCUGUAAUCAUAGAAUGCUUACACAAAACAGGAAGCAGAUAGCAGAAUGUCCAGAAGUUCAAGGUCAGCUAAUUUGGCUUGGGCAUUAGAAAAGAGUCACUGUUAAACAUGGUAGGAAUGUGAGGGCCCACCAACACACAAACCUCCACACAUGCAUCAUAGCAGGUAUUCCACCUGCACCUAGGCACAUACGCAAAAGAGAAAAAAAAUAGCCAUCUGUAAGAUGAGAAUGUUACCUUUACCAUCUUCUCCAAGAUGAUGGAACUCAACUCAAGAAGAACAUAUCUUAUAAGCCGUAAGUUUAACUCCCAUGCUAAAACUUUUUAUUUCCAAGACAGGAUUUCUCUGUGUAACAGCUCUGGCUGUCCUGGAACUCACUCUGUAGAUCAGGCUGACCUUGAACUCACAGAGAUCUGCCUGUGUGCCUCUCUGAGUGCUGGGAUUAUAGCUAUGCACCCCCACUGCCCGGCAAGCCUAGACCUUCUCUGGUUUUGCUUUGAUGGAGGACCUUGGACUAAAGCUUAAAAGACAGCCUGGAAAGAUAACCACUAAGAGUACUUGCUGCUUCUGCAGAGGACCAAGGUUCAGUUACCAGUACCCACAUGGUGACUCACAACUGCAGCUCCAGCUACAGGCUAUCUGGUGCCCUCUUCUGACUGAAAUGGGCACCUACAUGUAUGUACACAUAAACACGCACAUAUACGCAUGAAAUAAUCUUUAAAUCUUAAGUGACUCAUUAACUUUUAGUCACUAUUACUCAUUUCUCUGGGUGCUUCUUAUAAUGAAGCUAAAAGUUGCAAUAAAUAAAUAGAUCAAUCCUUUAAAAUAUUUAAAUUCAUUUUUUCAAAAACUAGAAAAAUAUUCUUACUAAAUUCAGUUGAGUUUUUCUAAUGGAAAUACUUAUUCCCAUCGUAAUAUUUCAGUUUAUCUCCGAAACAUUCAGCACAACAUAGAUUUCUUCCUUACAUAAUAACAUCACAGACCAUCAGAGCUAGAAAUUACCUUAGAGAGUAGCCUCUUCGCACCACCACCACCCUUAUUUUAUCAUAGAAGUAAGUCCCUUUACUGGGACAUAAUUUGAAGUUGAAAAUCUCUGCACCACAGCAACUACCUGUCUUGGAAAGUCUCAGAUGUUUAUUUUUCAACAGUUCCACUCUGCUCUAAUUUUCACUGCACAGUAAGUGGUGCUUUACAGUUGUUACAGUAGGACAAUCCCUAAUAUAAAUUGAAUAAUAUUAAUGUUUAAGUGGGGAUGUUCCUAUUUGGAGGCUGAAGUUUAUAGCUGUGAGUACAGGUCUUUGACAUUUACUAUGUGCUUAUGUAUCACUCGUGUAGCAUUUAAGAUUACUGUCUAAGUUUAUCUUAUCACUUUGUCAGUACUUACCAACAGGCUUGCAUUUUAAAUUUGAUGUUAAUAAUGACUUUAAUGUUGUUUCUGGUUUUGCAUUUUUGUUAUUGUACUUCACCUGACAGAAUGACCAAUUCUUUUGUUUUGUUAGUGUUGUGAAGAAUUAUGUUAAGCAUUUUGAGACAGAAUACUAUAUUUGUGAAUAUAAUUUUAUGGCUUCUUUUCAUUUAAAGGAUACCUUUCAGUAUGGAAAUUUAUGAAAAUUGCUUUCUGCCCUAUAAUCUGUCAUUUGUUGUAGAUUAAAGCUUAUUUUUCUGUGAAUAAGACUUAUUCAAUA